AAAUGGAAGUACAGUAGUCUCCCUGCCUGGCCAGUCCAUCUUUUUCUUGUUUCUUAGCUUGGAUAUGGCCUUCGCUCUUUUCUUGAAUUAUGUAGUCGUUUUGAAUCAACAGUGUGCAAGAAAUGGUGGUGGAGAUUGAGAUGCUGACGUCCUGGCGGGAGUCACGGUUGAUUGACUCCAACGUGCCAAUCCAGUGGGAGCUGUGAGGUUCUCUGUGGGCAGGGCUGAGGCUCCAAGUCUCAAGUGCAUUAGCAAGAUGGCCUCUGUCCCUCCCUUCUCCACAGAUGUGGUGUCUGACUGGUCUCCUAUGCACGAAGCCGCAAUCCAUGGACGUCUUCUCUCUCUGAGGAACCUCAUCAGCCAGGGGUGGCCUGUCAACCUCGUCACAGCAGACCAUGUGUCCCCACUCCAUGAAGCCUGCCUUGGGGGACAUCCCUCUUGUGUGAGCAUUUUGUUAAAGCAUGGAGCCCAGGUGGAUGGCGUCACCACUGACUGGCACACUCCCCUGUUCAACGCUUGCAUUAGCGGCAGUCAGGACUGUGUGGAUUUGCUGCUGAAGUACGGGGCCAGCACCCAGCCUGCCAGUGACCUGGCGUCCCCCAUCCAUGAGGCGGCAAAGAGAGGCCAUGUGCAGUGCGUGGAGUCCCUCUCAGCCCAUGGAGGCGACAUUGACUACAACAUCAGCCACCUCGGCACACCAUUGUACCUGGCUUGUGAAAGGCAGCAUGUCCCCUGUGCCAGGUCUCUCCUGGAAGCAGGAGCAAAUGCAAACCAAGGCCGAGGGCUGGACUCCCCUCUCCACGCAGCCGCCAGGGCGUUGAAUGGAGAGCUCGCCCUCCUGCUUAUGGACUUUGGAGCCAACUACCAGGCCAGGGACGCUGAAGGCAGACGGCCCGUGGAGCUGGUGCCUGCAGAGAGCCCUCUGAGCCACCUGUUCCUGCAGAACGAAGGCCCCCCCUCUCUGAUGCAGCUCUGCCGCCUUCGGAUCCGGAAGUGCUUUGGGCUCCAGCCGCAUCAUAAGAUCGCCAGCCUUGUUAUUCCCGAGGAACUGAAACGGUUUCUCCAGCACAUCUAAAUGUGUCCAGGAAGCAGAGUCACAGAGCAGCAAACAAAUAUUCUUAUGGGGUGUGGCCACUGGAAAUGUCAGAUAGUAUCAGAUUCAUAGGGCUAGGUUUGUCUUUUCAAUUGGGUUGCGCUUCUCAGUGGAAGCAUGCGGGGUACUGUUUCUUGUAGGAUAGACUGAGAGGCGUGAAGACACCCCCUGCCAGUCCUGGAGGGUGGUUAGAAGCCAGCUCUAGUAGUAACUGUCUGUUUCCUCUCCGCAGCUCUGUUAGGUGGGUGCUGUUCUUUCCCCAUCAGCAGGUGGGACACAGACUCACGGAGGUCAGUUUGUCUAGUUGCCUACAGCCAGGGCAGGGAAGGCAGAUUCAAGCAUCAGGCCUUCUAAUGCUAACCUGAGAGUUUCAGCUGAAGCCGAGUUUUCUAUUAUACUAUCCUAAAUUCAUCCUUGUUACAAGGGAAGGCAGAUAAAGAAGAAAAAUAUU